GGAUAAAGGAGGGGCGGGCCGCGUCGCCGCGAUGAGUGUGCGGCGCUUGGCGGGGCGGACGUGGCUGUGCGGGCUGCUGGCGGCGCAGGGGCUGAGCAGGACGAUGUGUGCACAACCUUCAGAUUGGCAGACAGCCAAAUCCAUCUACGAGUUCCACGCCUUGGAUAUUGAUGGCAAUGAUGUUUCCCUGGAGAAAUACAGGGACCACGUCUGCAUCAUCACCAACGUCGCGUCAAAAUGAGGCAAGACUGGCGUAAACUACACUCAGUUUGUCGAGCUCUACAGCAGAUAUGCUGAGAAAGGUUUACGCAUCCUAGCCUUCCCCUGCAACCAGUUUGGCAAGCAGGAGCCGGGCACCAAUGAGGAGAUCAAAGCUUUUGCUGCUGGAUACGGCGUGACGUUUGACAUGUUUGGCAAGAUCGAAGUCAACGGGGACGGCGCCCACCCUCUCUGGAAGUGGAUGAAGAGCCAGCCCAAAGGCCGGGGGUCUCUGGGAAACGCCAUUAAAUGGAACUUCACCAAGUUCCUCAUCAACAAGGAGGGCCAGGUGGUGAAAAGAUACAGUCCGAUGGAUGACCCCCAGGUCAUCGAGAAGGACCUGCCCCCUUACAUGUAGACCCGGCUCCCGUCCAACUGGAUCUGUCCUCGGCCAGCAGCAGCUCCUCCCGCCCCCUGCACUGCACUGCCCCAGUGACGGCCUCCCUCCAAGCCAAGCCCUCUUGGCGAGGCUGGCCUGAAUAAACUGGCAGGAGCUUGCGGGGGGUGCGAGGCCCUGCCAGGCUGGGCCAGGCACUUGGAUGCGCUUAGACCGGUGCGCCGGUCAGCGCAGUAGCAAUAAUAAAGCUUGUUUCUCCUCAAAA